AUGUCAGUCACCACACGUCCCCGCUCUUCCACCACCCAACGACCCUCCACGUCCCCCAUCACCCCUACCUCACGAACGCACUUCCGCCCGCUCCGCUACCAGACGAAGGAAGAGCUCGAUCGAUUCUUCGGCACCACCUCGCAGCAGAAGCGGGAACAGCGUCUGAGGGUUCGCGAGGCCGACGGAAGCGUGUUCUUCGAUGCCAUCGAAAAGGACGAAUGGCAGCACUUGCUCACCACCGCUCCGGAGGUGGAAGGGGGGAGGAGGAGGAGCAGCGUGGGGACGAGUUUGACGUUGAAUUCGCCCUUGACGUUGGACUGUGAGAGGAGAUGUAGCGUAGGCGAUGCGAGUCCGGCAAGGUUUGAGUUUGAAAGUGGGGAGGGAGAGCGGGAGGUAGAGAGGGUGAGGAGGAGGAAAAGAAGUAAUAGCGUGGGCAGGAGGGUGGAUGAUGCAUUGCCGAAUUGGAACGCCCCCGUUUUCAAGAGGAGACAGAGUAGUGAUGGGUUGGGUUGGAGUCCACGACAGAGCAGUUUCGAUGCUGGCGAAGUGGGAGAGGAUCGAAUCCGAAUCGCCCGUCUACCGCUCAGUCGUCGGAAGUUGGACCAAGAGACGAUGGAUCAAGCUUUCGGCAGCAGCACUUUUGCUGUCGACCCUCUUAGCGACAUCACCAAUCGUGUUAUCCGUCCGAACAAGCCAUCUACGCUAAGCAUUACUACGACCACCGCUGUGGAUCCGAACACCAUCGACACCAGCAUCGCAUCCCCGAUAUCGUCCACUCCACCACAAAGCCCUCUUUCUCUCGCCCCCAGAGGCGAGAGACGUGGAACAUUCGGUGCGCUUUCUGCCGAUCCUCCGCCUCCCCAGGUCCUGUCUGCGCGAUGGGGCGAUCUACUCUUGGGCAACACACCGCCUUCAUCAGCGGCAAUAGAGUUCCUGAACUCGCCAACACCGACGACGACCACGUACAACCGAUCGGCGGGGGCGGUGGGGAAAAGUAGAUCGGUGAGACACGUUGCUUCGCUUGACGACAUCUCGAGGUGCGUCACCUCGGCGGAGGAUCGCACGCUCGGCGACGCUCGUCGGACCGGUCGUCAACGAUACCACUCGGCGGAGGGUGAGUUGCUUCGACCGGCUCGUUCGGUGGCAUCGCUGCGAGACACGUCCACCUUCACAACCUCUCGAGAGCUGGUGGAUGGAGUUUCGAUUCGAAUUCGCAAAGCUUCACAUUCGUCCGAAGGAUCGUCGUCAGCCUCCGAUGGUGUGUUCACAUCCCUAGUCCCACGCCGAGGUGCAAAGAGGCUCGAAAAGAAACGUCAGGCGACGAUGCUUCUCGUCGACACGGAGAGCUCUCCAGCUUCGACCGUGAGGAGUUUGGCUUCCAUGCGCGAUCCUAUCACCGGCAUCGUCGAUCCUCCGAGCUCCACGUUACACGCUUCUCUGCCGCCAAUAAGCUUACCCAUUGUUUCCGCUCCGAAACGUUCCAACGCGGGACUGGGCACCGGACCCUCCGUCUACCUAGGAAUCGACAUCCCCUGCGCUUCAAUCCACCUUCACUCUGAUCCGGAAGACAACAUCGAACCCGCGUUAGCGCUGACGUUGACCAACAGAGAGUUAAGACGAAAGCUCAAGAAGAAAUCUUCCACCUCGGCCAACACGGGAGAAGAGGGAAAAGCAAGGAGCUCGAUCAUGUUGAGUCGAGUGGAGACGGAUGGAGGUGCUAGCGGAGGGGUGGGGGCAAGGGAGGCGGGUGCGUUUGCAAAGGGUAGCUCUAGGUGGUGGUCGUCGAUCUUGCAUGGAUGA